GAGGGCUUCACUACUGCCGGAGUGCCGCCAUAUUGGUGAAGGUACUGGGACCGAGGUUGAACGGAACUCCCUGUUCUCGCGGGAGCUAGAGGCGGGACUGCCACGUCCGAGCAAACCGGGAAAGGAGAGGAUUCCGGAGCCGCGUGAUGGCCAGAGGCCUGGGGGCCCCCCACUGGGUGGCCGUGGGACUGCUGAUCUGGGCGGCCUUGGGGCUGCUAGUGGCCGGACACGGGGGUCAUGGCGACCUGUACGAAGACCUGCACGAGGACUUCCAGGGCCACAGCCACAGGCACUCACAUGAGGAUUUCCACCAUGGACACAGCCAUGCCCCUGGCCACACUCACGAGAGCAUCUGGCAUGGGCAUACCCACGGUCACGACCAUGGACAUUCACAUGAGGAUUUGCACCAUGGCCAUAGUCAUAGCCACUCUCAUGAGAGCCUCUACCACCAAGGACAUGGACAUGAUCAUGAGCACAGCCAUGGAAUCUAUGAGGAGUCUGGGGCUCCAGGCAUCAAGCAGGACCUGGACACUGUCACUCUCUGGGCCUAUGCACUGGGGGCCACAGUGCUGAUCUCUGCAGCUCCAUUUUUCGUCCUCUUCCUUAUCCCCGUGGAGUCAAACUCCCCUCGGCACCGCUCUCUGCUCCAGAUCUUGCUGAGUUUUGCUUCAGGUGGGCUCUUGGGAGAUGCCUUCCUGCACCUCAUCCCUCAUGCUCUGGAACCUCAUUCUCACCACCCUCUGGAGCAGCCUGGACAUGGACAUUCCCACAGUGGCCAGGGCCCCAUUCUGUCUGUGGGACUGUGGGUCCUAAGUGGAAUUGUCGCCUUUCUCGUGGUGGAGAAAUUUGUGAGACAUGUGAAAGGAGGACAUGGACACGGACAUGGACACGCUCACAGUCACACACAUGGAAGACAGGAGCGUCCUUCAAAGGAGAAACAGAGCUCAGAGGAAGAAGAAAAGGAAGCAGGGGGGUCGAGGAAGAGCAGAGGAGGGAGCACAAGGCCCAAAGACAGGCCAGUGAAACCUCAGAACUCUGAAGAGGAAAAAGCAGGUUCAGACCUACGUGUAUCAGGGUACCUGAAUCUGGCUGCUGACCUGGCACACAACUUCACGGAUGGUCUGGCCAUUGGUGCUUCAUUUCGAGGGGGUCGGGGACUGGGGAUCCUGACCACAAUGACUGUUCUGCUACAUGAAGUGCCCCAUGAAGUUGGGGACUUUGCCAUCUUGGUCCAGUCUGGCUGCAGCAAAAAGCAGGCGAUGCGUCUACAACUACUGACGGCAAUAGGGGCACUGGCAGGCACAGCCUGUGCCCUCCUAACUGAAGGAGGGGCAGUGGGCAGUGAAGUUGCAGGUGGCACAGGUCCUGGCUGGGUUCUGCCAUUCACUGCAGGUGGCUUUAUCUACGUAGCAACGGUGUCAGUGUUACCUGAGCUGUUGAGGGAGGCAUCACCAUUGCAAUCACUUCUGGAGGUGCUGGGGCUGCUGGGGGGAGUUGUCAUGAUGGUGCUGAUUGCCCACCUUGAGUGAGAGGUGGGGUAAACCAGCCCCACCCCAGCCCCAAACCUCUAGCCUCUAAGCCCUCCAGGUCAGGGGUCUGUGGAAGUUGGGGGCCCUGGCCUGGGACAUCUGCCAAAGGAGGGAGUUGUAUCCUAGGGAGGUGGCGACUUUGGCUUGAAAGCUAUCAACAUUUGGCAGUCUUACAGGGGCUGCAGAGGUGAGAAUGACAGCCCAGAGGGACCAUAGUGUUGGGCAUGAGCUGACCAUGUUGUUGGGUUUGGGGGCUAAGUGGGGCCAUGAAGAAGGCUGGAAGAGAGAGGAGUCAUGGCAGCCUACCCCAUAUCCCCCACCCCACCUAUUCACAGAGGACCAAGCUGCCACACACUGGCUUCUCCAGGGUCCACCUCCCUCUCUCCCACCUGUUGGUGGAAACUCCAGGGAAGACCAGAGCCCUGAAGUGGGUAGCAGAAGUCGGGGAUAAACGUCAAUCGUGUGUCCUGAUUUGGGAGUGAUUGGGGGGAGGGGGGCUAGUUGCUACUCUCAUGGCCUGAUUUUUUUUGUUUGUUUGUAUUCUUUUAUAUCACUGUUUGAAUGGAGGAGGAGGGGUGAUGACCGGAAAUAAAGUCCUUGGAUCUUCCGCUCCA